AAAGGCAGGGCUCCGCGUCGCGGAAGUGGUUUCACAGCACACCGUGUAAGCUAAGCAUGGACACUGCAGUGAACCAAAACACACUCAUAGAAGCACUGAAAGAGCUAGCCACUUUUGGAAGAACGUCGUUGGAGUAUGUGGAGAAAGACGUCUCAAAGGGUGGUUCUUUGUAUGAAAUUGGUCAGAAAAUUCAUCCUUUAUUUGGUCUGAUGUCAGCUGGGGCAAAGUUCUUCAACAGCUUGGGUGUGAAGAACAAGAAGUUGGCAGAGAAUUUAUGGGAACAGUUUUUUCAGAACAGUGAGGUUCGAGAUAAUGUCGAAGGCUUACUGCAACUGGAAGUGGAGUGGGACAGCUUUUUGAAACGUUUGGAUGUUCAGAUGCAAAUGAGUGACACAGUUCUUUCACAAUAUCCUGCAGCCCAGAUGCUGAGCUCUGAUGCACUGCUUAUACAUGUUCAAACUAAAGAGAGUGUGUCUCUGGGUCAGUACUUGGGGAAGGGAGAGAAGCUUCUCCUUGUCCUGCUCCGACAUUUUGGAUGACAGCCAUGACGAGACCACCUGACUGAGCUGAAGGACAACAAGACUCUUCUGGAAGCUCAGUCAGUGCGGGUGCUGGUGGUUUCAUGUGGUUCUUUUGAAGGGGCAAAAUUCUGGCUUGGUCAGACAGGCUUUGAAUUUGACAUGUUAUUUGAUGCAGAGAGAGUGGUGUAUCAAGCGUUCGGACUGGGUUCAUCCUUUGCCAAAGUGAUGAAGUUUAAGUCACUGCUACACUUCUCUGAAUUUAUGGUGAUAAACCGACAGUUCCCUGAGGUGCCACAUCAGUUUAUCAACGAUCUAUUUCAGAUGGGUGGUGAUUUUUUGCUGGAUGAGGGUGGUAAAGUGAUAUUUUCCUACCAAAGUAAAAGUCCUGUGGACAGACCAUCAGCUACACAGAUCUUAGCUGCCGUCUCUGCUCAUGCUUCUUAACUUUUCUCACUGGAGAAAAGGUCUUAAAUGUUUGCUUUUUUUAGCAUGUUGAUACUAAACUUCUUAUCAUUCUGAUAUCUGAACCUCGAUUUGGCUUAGAGUUGCAACUGAACACAAGAGCUGUUCUAUUCUGCAGAGAAUACUGCCCAAAGUGAUUUGUCCGUAAAGGUGAAGUAUGUGAUUUUAUGUUGGGCAGUUAGGCGGUCCUUUGCCUUUGUUCGGGAUGCAUUAGUGUUUAUACUACAAAUGUUCUCUUCCUCCGAUUGAUCACAAAACAUUUUGGACUCUGUUUACACCAGUAUUUAUUGCUGUCCACUUGUGACCGGAUCACUUGAGAUGGAUGUUAAAGUAAUAGUUCACCCAAAAAUGAAAAUGAUCAUUUAAACACCCUCAUGCCAUCCCAGAUGUGUAUGACUUCCUUUCUUCUGCAGAACACAAAUUAAGAUUUUUAUAAGAAUAUUUCAGUUCUGUAGGUCCAUACAAUACAAGUCAAAUAAAAUCACAUAAAUACAGCAUUAAUGUAAUCCAUAUGACUCCAGUGGUUACAGCCAUGUCUUCAGAAGUGAUAUGAUAGGUGUGGGUAAGAAACAGAUCAGAAAUUGAAUGUGAAUCACAAAAAAACACAAGAAGAAUGUGAAGGUGAAAGUUUAAGUGGAAACUGACUGAUUAGGGAGGAGAAUUUAUAGUACAAAUUUACAUUAAUAUAUAAUAUAUUUGUUUCUCACCCAUAUCUAUCAAAUUGCUUCUGGAGACAUUGAUUUAACCACUGUCAUAUGGAUUACUUUUAUGCUGACUUAUGCUAAAAUGUUGGCACCCAUUCACUAGAAAUUCUUGUAAAAAUCUUUAUUUGUGUUCUGUUUAAGAAAGUAAGUCACACAUCUGGGAUGGAAUAAGGGUAAAUGUAAAUGAUGAGAAUUUUCAUUUGAGGGUGAAUUAUGCCUUUAAUACCAGGUGUUAAUGGUGCCAUUGUUUUGCUGUUUGGUGAUGCUAGUGGUACAGAAAUAACACACUUUACCUUUAGCUUUUAAAAUUAUCUGAAUCAUUAUAGCAACUUAAGGUAAAUAGCCUUGCUCAGUGGUACAGUUUUUAUGUAUAUUGACUGCAACAUCAGUACUUUAGGAUAGCAGUAUUUUGCUUAUCUGCACAGAGAUGUUAUUAAUUUGAAACUCACAUUAAAGGGAUAGUUCACCCAAAAAUGAAAAUUCUCUCAUCAUUUACUCACCCUCAUGCCAUCCUAGAUGUGUAUGACUUUCUGUCUUCUGCAGAACAUAAAUUAUGAUUUUUUUUUUAUUUUUAUGAAUAUUUCAGCUCUGUAGAUCCAUACAAUUCAAGUGAAUGGGUGCCAAAAUGUUGGCGCUCCAAAAAGCACAUAAAAGCAUCAUAAAAGUAAUCCAUACAACUGAAGUGCUUCAUUCCAUAUUUUCUGAAGUAAUUUGAUAGGUGUGGGUGAGAAACAGAUCAGUAUUUAAGUCCUUUUUUGCUUGAAAUUCUUCUCACUGCCCAGUAGUGUGUGGUAUACAUAAAGAAUGUGAAUCACCAAAAUCCCAAGAAGGAGAAUGUGAAAGUGAUCUGUUUCUCAUCCACACCUAUCAAAUCACUUCUGAGGAUAUUGAUUUAACCACUGGAAUCUUAUUGAUUACUUUUAUGCUGACUUGUGUGAUUUUUGUUCAAAAUUUUGGCACCCAUUCACUUGCAUUGUAUGGACCAAAAGAGCUGAGACAUUCUUCUAAAAAUAUUCAUUUGAGUACAGCAAAUGAAAAAAAGUAAUUCACAUCUGGGAUGGCAUAAGGGUGAGUAAAUGAUAAGAGAACUUAAAUUUUUGGGUGAACUAUUCCUUUAAAGGAAACACGAUAAGACAGUAAUUUCAGUGUAUUGGGGACAUUAUGACAUUAGUACAGACAGUGUUGUGCAUGAGUGAUUGAGAUACAUGUUUACACGUGUUUCUAGGUUGAUUCCAGAGACAGCUCUCCCAGAGGAUGUAUAGAUGAAGAUAAGACUCAAACUCAUACACUUAUGAAGAGUUUUCUCUGAUGGGGAUUUACAGCCUCUGGUCAUCACAGCUUCUCAUCUGAGUCAGCACAAACCUGCCUCACCUCUUUCACUCACAUGAAAUCAGAUGAUUAACUUAAUUAGUUUUAUAAUAGUUUUAUAUUACAUAGUUUUACAAUUCUGCAAUAAAAAUUAAAUCAACUUGUGAAGUUUAACUACUGUUUAAAAUCAGGAUAAUGUGAAGGAUAAAUGUUUACAAAUAGGGCAAUAAAAUAUGGAAUUAAUCUUUUAAAAAUAUGGGUUGGGAUUGUUUUGAUAAUUGACGUUCUUGUUCAAUAAAGGGCUGGUUUGCAGACUACGAGUUUCGCAACGAUUCGGCUGUCGGCUAUGUUAACACUGUCACACAAAAAAUACAGAAGGAUAGUGUUGCACAUGUGUAAACGCAAAAAGUAUAAUUUUUUUCACAUCUGAUCUGAGCCACUUCUAAAUGUGGUUUUAAAUCAGAUACAUAUCCAAUAUCUGGACAUCAGACCUACGACUAAACACGCAUAUUAGAUUACCCUAGGCUUUUCUUAACAGCAUGUCUUUAUGAAGCAGACGUGCCUGUAGGCGCUCGCACAAAAACUCACCUUCUCUUUUUGAGGUGUAAGUUUAGGACCCACUCCUUGUUGUCAAACUUGUGGAUUUGGUCCCACCACUACUGACUUCUAGCCAAGGGUGUACCAGCCAGGGGGGACGUCCCCCACACUCUAUAAAAAAGGUGAUUCGGUCCCCCACACUUUCCCAAGCUAAACCCAUACGAGCCAAAUGGUGGAUUUAUCUACAGUAUUCUUUGUAUUUUGUUACUUUGGGCUGACUGAUCAACCAUCCUGCCAAUCACAAGGUGAGUUUCAUGAGCCGAAACAACCCUUACAUAAUAGGCUGUCAGGAACACACAAACAUAGUUAUUUAAUGGCAUAUAGUUUUUGAUUGGCAGCAUUACAUGAAAUGCACUUCAGAGAAAAAACAACAAAGACAAUCCUUUUAAGCACAUAUUGUAAGUGAAGUUUAUUUCAGUUUUUUGUUCUUAUAAUGAAUAAAACCUCUAUCAAA